CCGCAGCACAGGAGCAUGGUGUGCUGCAGAGCCGCGGGUCAGGCGCCGGCAGCCUCUGCUGCCACCAUCGCUGCUCCUCCACACUGACGUCUCCGGGGGAAAAAGGAGAGGAAAAGGCUUUUCCACAGCUCCCGGGCACAGCAGGAUUGGGAACAGCUCCCGAGAUCAAACAGGGAUAAGGCCGGGGCGUGAUGGAGCUGCGGCGCGGGAGAGGGAUGCUGAGGGACCGGCUCCCUGCUCUCCUCCUCCUCCUCCUCGCCGCGGCCUGGCUCUGGCUGCCGGCGGAGGGGCGGCGGCCCCCCCGGCCCCCUCCUUGCCCCCCCACCUGCUCCUGCACCCGAGACACGGCUUUUUGCGUGGAUUCCAAGGCUGUGCCCAAGAACCUGCCCCCCGAGGUCAUCUCGCUGACGAUGGUGAACGCAGCCUUCACGGAGAUCCGGGAGGCAGCCUUUGCCCACAUCCCUUCCCUGCAGUUCCUCCUCCUCAACUCCAACAAGUUCUCACUGAUCGGGGACAACGCCUUCGCCGGGCUCUCGCACCUGCAGUACCUGUUCAUCGAGAACAACGACAUCCAGGCGCUCUCCAAGGGCACUUUCCGUGGGCUCAAGUCCCUGACACACCUGUCCUUGGCCAACAACAACCUGCAGACGCUGCCCCGGGACCUCUUCAAGCCGCUGGACAUCCUGAGUGACCUGGACCUCCGUGGCAACACGCUGGUCUGCGACUGCAAGAUCAAGUGGCUGGUGGAGUGGCUGGAGAGAACCAACACCACGGUCCCUGCCAUCUUCUGCAGCAGCCCCGGGCAGUUCGAGGGGCAGCGGAUCCGGGACCUGGCGCUCGGUGACUUCCAGUGCAUCACCACAGAUUUCGUGAUGCACCAGGUCCUGCCCUUCCAGGCGGUGUCAGCUGAGCCCUUCACCUACGACAGCGACCUGUACGUGGCCCUGGCACAGCCCAGUGCCAGCAGCUGCUCCAUCCUCAAGUGGGACUACGUGGAGCGCAAGCUCCGCGACUUCGACCGCAUCCCUGCUCACUCGGCUGUGCACUGCAAGCCCAUCGUGGCGCAGGACCAGCUCUACGUGGUGGUGGCCCAGCUCUUCGGCGGCUCCUACAUCUACCGCUGGGACACGGCCGUGGACAAGUUCAUCAAGAUCCAGGACAUCGACAGCCAGAAGGUCCGCAAGCCCAACGACAUCGAGGCCUUCCAGAUCGAGGGGGACUGGUACUUCGUCAUCGCCGACAGCUCCAAGGCGGGCUCCACCAGCCUCUACCGCCUCAACCAGAAUGGCUUCUACUCCCAGCAAGCGCUGCACGCCUGGCACCGCGACACCGACGUGGAGUACGUGGAGAACGACGGCAAACCCCGGCUGAUCAUCUCCAGCAGCUCCCAGGCGCCCGUGAUCUACCAGUGGAGCCGGGCGCAGAAGCAGUUCGUGGCGCAGGGGGAGGUGGGGGAGAUGCUGGACGUGCAGAUGGUGAAGCACUUCAGGUCCAAGCGGGACCAGUUCCUCUGCCUCAGCCGCUACAUCGGCGACUCCAAGGUGGUGCGCUGGGAAGGGCAGCGCUUCGUGGAGGUGCAGACGCUGCCGUCCCGCGGCUCCAUGGUGAUGCAGCCCUUCGCCGUGGGGCAGUGGCAGUACCUGGCGCUGGGCAGCGACUUCUCCUUCACCCACGUGUACCUGUGGGAGGAGGAGAAGCAGAAGUUCGCCAAGUUCCAGGAGCUGUCGGUGCAGGCGCCGCGGGCGUUCCGCUACGUGCCGGCCUCCGACGUGCAGCUCCUGCUGGCCCCCAGCUUCAAGGCCAACACGCUGGUGUACCGGCACGAGGUGGUGAACCUCAGCCUCUAGCCGGGGGUGGGACCCCCCCCAGAGGGACGCCACGUCCUGCCCGAGGACAUGCAUGUGCCCGCCGUGCCCCACUCCACGGUCACAGC